GUUGAUUUUUGAAAAAAACACAAACAAAGGGUUGUUGAUGUUCGAUUUUGAGGUUUAAAAGGUUAAAGUUCGAUCAUUUAAGCUAUUGAUUGUUGAGGUAAAUUUUUUAAUGAUCAAGAAUACAUAAGAAUCUGAUGGUUGAUAUGGUAACGUUUAAGCCAUCAGGCGAUCCAUUAUAUUUAGUUGGAGUCGCAGUAUAAUUUGGCCAAACUUGAUGCAGUUCGAAAUUUAUGUUUGUUUUAGAUGAAGUACAGCCUCCUGCCAACUGGGAAAAGGUCAUUGAAGGAAUUCGCAAAAUGAGGUCUUCUGAAGAUGCACCUGUGGACUCGAUGGGGUGUGAGAAAGCCGGUGUUUCACUUCCUCCCAAGGAAAGAAGAUUUGCAGUUCUCAUUUCUUCUCUAUUGUCGAGCCAAGCGAAAGAUCAAGUUACUCACGGAGCUAUUCAACGGCUUCUUCAAAACGAUUUGCUUUCAGCUGAAGCCAUCGACAAAGCUGAUGAAGGUGUCAUCAAGGAACUAAUUCACCCCGUCGGAUUCUAUUCCAGAAAAGCAUGCAACAUGAAAAAAGUCGCAAAAAUCUGUCUCGACAAGUACGAUGGAGAUAUCCCCAGUACAUUAGACGAGGUAGGUUUCGGGCAGACUGUGUGCACUCCUCUUAGACCGCGUUGUGGGAUAUGCAAGAUAAGUGAUUAUUGCCCGUCGGCCUUCAAAGAGACACCUAGCCCGUCGUCCACACCGACGAAAAAACGAGCAUUGAUAGAGUAGUUGCACUAAGGAUUUAUGUCACUCAAUUGUUUUGUUGGGCCUUCUUGCAAUUGUAUGUUGUGAAUGAGAAGGUAAUGUAGAGUUAAAACCCUAGUAAAUAGCCUUUACCUUUUGAUUGUCUAUUUGUAAGGCUACCAUCAAUUUCUCAACUGU